AUGCUGUCAUCACGCGUCGUCGCUCGUUUGGGUGGUGUGCGAGGACUCCUCUCAGGAGCAGCAGCACAUCCACGUAAUGACGUAGAAGGUCAUCCACCUCCUCCCGUCACGCAACUCAGCGAGCAUGAACUUCAUCUCAAAGACACCGUGAGUAGAUUCUCCAACAAUGUGGUCAAGCCGCUGGUACGGGAAAUGGACGAUAAAUCUCAGAUGCAUCAAUCGGUCAUCACAGGAGUUUUCGAGAACGGGUUUAUGGGAAUUGAAGUCCCUGAGAAAUAUGGUGGUCCAGGAUCGUCGUUCUUCGAUACGGUUCUCGUCGUUGAAGGACUUGCUAAGAUCGAUCCUGCAGUGUCUGUGUUCGUUGAUGUACAGAAUACCCUAAUCGCUCCUCUGCUAAUGCAACUCGGAACUGAAGAACAGAAGCAGAAAUAUCUCCCAAAAGUCUGCAACGAGUGGGUCGGUUCGUUCUGUCUUUCCGAGCCUGGAUCGGGAUCCGAUGCUUUCGCUUUGGCAACUGUAGCAAAACCGGAGGGAGAUGACUUUGCCAUCACAGGAUCCAAGAUGUGGAUUACGAACGCUGGUCAUGCCAGUUUCUUCCUGGUGUUUGCUAACGCAGACCCAUCCAAGGGCUACAAAGGCAUUACCUGUUUUCUAGUGGACAGAAAUCAGGAAGGAGUUACGGUGGCAAAGAAGGAGGAUAAGCUAGGAAUUCGUGCUUCAUCCACAUGUUCGGUGUUCUUUGAGAACGUGAGGGUGCCCAAGACUGCUAUACUUGGUGAAUACGGAAAAGGUUAUAAAUACGCUAUCGAAUGUUUGAACGCCGGUCGAAUUGGUAUUGGUGCUCAAAUGAUUGGAUUAGCACAAGGAUGCUUCGAUGCCACCAUCCUUAUCUGCAGGAACGGAAGCAAUUCGGAUCACGCAUUGCGGUACGUCAGUACCGAACUCGAGCCCGCCGUCGAGUGCGCCGCGGAGAACAGCGGUAUGCAACAUCAAAUUUCUCAAGCAGCGGUAGAGAUCGAGGCAGCUCGAUUACUGGUUUAUAACGCAGCAAGAAUGAAGGUGGGUAUUCGAGAGAGUAGCUACCGUUUUUUUGGCGAACUUUCGUAUAAAAAGUUGAAGCAUCUUCGGUGUGGUGUGUGCCGCCAUGGGCGAACUCUACUCUCUCCAGGAGUAUGUCACCGGGAAUGUUUCUGUAUCUUUCUCUCAUUUUCUCUUCUACAGGUGGCGUGUAGUACCGCUUCAAAAUGUGUGGAAUGGCUUGGUGGAGUAGGUUUUACGAAGGAGUAUCCCGUGGAGAAAUACUACAGAGAUGCUAAAAUUGGCACCAUAUAUGAAGGGACGUCAAAUAUUCAACUGAACACAAUCGCGAAAUUGAUCGAUGCAGAAUAUAAGCACUAG